AUGCCAGCACAAUUACAACUUAUUCCAAAUAACAAUAGUUCACAAUAUCAAGCAUUUGGUGAUUAUGCUUAUCCAAAAAUUGAACGAUUAACACCAACAUAUAUGGACAAUGGUAUUUAUGAGUUUUACAAACUUUAUUCUGAUCGACCAUCAAUAAUAGCAAAUAAUUUUUCAAAUGGCAAUAAAAUACAAAGAACAUUUAAUCGUGAAUAUCGAAUAUUUUAUUGCUUGGGUAAAGGUGGUUUUGGUCAAGUAUAUGAUGGUCAAAGACGAUCAGAUAAUUCACCUGUUGUAAUUAAAGUUUUACCAAAAGAUCGUAUACUUAAUUGGGGAACAUUUGAAGGUGAACGUGUACCAUAUGAAAUAGAAAUUCUUUGGCGUCUUCGAGGUGUAUCCGGUGUUAUAAAAAUAUUAGAACAUUUUGAAGAAGUUGAUCGUUUUAUAUUUAUUAUGGAAAAAAUUCCAAAUUCAUGUACACUUUUUGAUUUAGUUAUGGAAAAUCCUUUAUUAGCUAAUACAGAAUUAUUUCGACAUUUAUUUCGAGAAAUAAUUCGUAUUAAUAUAACAUUACAAAUGUAUGGUGUUUGGCAUCGAGAUUGUAAACCAGAGAAUAUAAUUUAUUGUAAGAAUGAUCGUUCAUUACGUUUCAUUGAUUUUGGUUCAGCUGCACCUGUACAAUUAGAAGAUUUUCAUGAAUUUCAAGGUACUUUAGAAAUAAUGGUACCUGAAUGGAUACUUCAACGACGUUAUAAUGGUGAAAAAGCAUGUGUAUGGGCUAUAGGUGUUUGCCUCUAUUUUCUACUUUAUCAAUUGUAUCCAUUUCGUUCAAAAGCUGAUAUCAUAAAAGGUCGAUUAAAUUUACCCUAUUUGAGUUCUAUCGAAAAAGAGAUAUAUCAUACAAUGAAACAGUGUAUAAAUGUCAACGAAAAUCGACGUCCAAAAUUAAACGAUCUUCAAUUUUUAUCUUGGCUUCAAACUAUAUAUUAG